AUGUUACAUUCUGUUGUUUUUAUUUUUUUGGCCUGCCUGGUACCGCGGUCCUUUAGCCAUCCACGGUCUGUCGCACCUCCGGCACAGCCCUGUCUUGCUCCAACGCAAUGGGAGGGACGAAUCGUUGAAUACGACCACAGCACAGGACGGAACACACGGGCCUCUGUUUCAUAUGAUGGACAGAACCAACAAAUCCGCAUAUUAGAGCAGAAGAAAGGGCAUGUUCCUUGUAAAAAGUACUAUGAGUACAUCUACCUUUUCAAAAGUGGUGUGAUGUUCCAGAUUGAACAAGCUACCAAACUGUGUGCUAAAAUAGCUUUAACUCAGGAGUGGGACCCCUUUGAUAUCCCAAUGAACUCCACCUACGAGGACCAGUACUUUAUUGGCGGACCUGGAGACAUGAUUGAGGUUCAGGAGUGGUCUGACAGAAAACCAGCCCGCAGAAAUGAGGCAUGGGUGGGGGCGUACACUGUGAAAGACUGUUACCCUGUACAGGAGACCUACACCAGGAACAGCAGUGUCACCACUUCCACUCGUUUCUUUGACCUUCGGCUGGGCAUCAGUGACCCGACAGUGUUUACUCCGCCUAGCACCUGCCAGGCAGCUUUACCUGUUAGGAUGAUGUCAGACUGCUGA